UCUCUCUCUCUCUCUCUCUCUCUGUCGUCGCCUGUGGAGGCUGUUAAAUUUUAAACUGCCAUGCACUCUGCUUCCAGUAUGCUGGGAGCAGUGAAAAUGGAAGGGCACGAGCACUCGGAUUGGAGCAACUACUACGGAGAACCAGAGAGCUAUUCUUCAGUGAGCAACAUGAAUGCCGGGCUGGGCAUGAACACCAUGAACACCUACAUGGGCAUGCCCGCCAUGAGCACGGCGGCCAACAUGACGGCGGCCAGCUCCAUGAACAUGUCGUACGCCAGCACGGGCAUGAGCCCCUCCCUGGCGGGCAUGUCCCCGGGCGCGGGGGCCAUAGCGGGCAUGGGCACGGCGGGGGUGCCGGGCAUGGCGGCGCACCUGAGCCCCAGCAUGAGCCCCAUGGGCGCGCAGGCGGGCUCCAUGGGCGCGCUGGCGCCCUACAGCAACAUGAACUCCAUGAGCCCCAUGUACGGGCAGUCCAACCUGAACCGCUCCCGCGACCCCAAGACGUACCGGCGCAGCUACACGCACGCCAAGCCGCCCUACUCCUACAUCUCGCUCAUCACCAUGGCCAUCCAGCAGUCGCCCAACAAGAUGCUGACGCUGAGCGAGAUCUACCAGUGGAUCAUGGACCUCUUCCCCUUCUACCGCCAGAACCAGCAGCGCUGGCAGAACUCCAUCCGCCACUCGCUCUCCUUCAACGACUGCUUCCUCAAGGUGCCCCGCUCCCCGGACAAGCCGGGCAAGGGCUCCUUCUGGACCCUGCACCCCGACUCGGGCAACAUGUUCGAGAACGGCUGCUACCUGCGCCGCCAGAAGCGUUUCAAGUGCGAGAAGCAGCUGGCACUCAAGGAGGCUGGCGGCGGGGGCGGCGGCGGCGGGGGCAGCAAGAAGCAGCAGCAGCAGCAGGGGCAGGGACAGGGACAGCCGCAGCCGGCCGCGCUCGGGGACAGCGGCGCCUCCACGGGCUCCGACGACCCCGCGGGCACGGAGUCGCCCCACUCCAGCGCCUCGCCCUGCCAGGAGCACAAGCGCGCCCUGGCCGACCUGAAGGGCAAUCCGGCGCUGAGCCCCGCCGGCCAGGCUCCCUCGCCCGCCCAGCAGCAGCAGCAGCAGCACCUGCUGGCUCAGCACCACCCGGGGCUGGCGCACGAGGCGCACCUCAAGCCCGAGCACCACUACGCCUUCAACCACCCCUUCUCCAUCAACAACCUGAUGUCGUCCACGGAGCAGCAGCACCCCCACCACCACCCCCACCAU